AUGGCAACAGCAAUGGAUAUUACCGAAGUACCACUUUAUGCUUCUGAUGAAGAAGAAGAAGAUAUGAAUAAAAGUGUUCAUGCCAAAUAUGAACGAGCAAAGAGAAAACAACAUAAAUGGAUAAAAGAGAUGGUAUUUAACAAUGUUAGUGAAGCUGAUCAAGCUAUACUUAAUGAAGGUAUUUUUAGAUGUAACAAAGUGAAACGUCGUGGAAAACAAUGUGAUUCAAGCAUUUAUUUGUUAUUCAACUCGAUUAAUGAAGAAGUUAUUUUAUUUCGAAAUACAUCUUAUCAUACUCAUGAUCUUGUCGAACAAAAAUGUACAAGAAUCCCAUCUGAUGUCAAAACGCUUAUCAAAGAACUUCAUGAAUUAAAACUGAAACCUAAAGCUAUAAUUGAUGAACUAUAUGAACGUGGAAUUAUUGCGCCACGUAUUAGUCAAUUGAGAAAUUAUUUAAGAACAUUAACGACAGAAAAAUAUGGUUCAAGAUCAAUAAGUCUUGGCGAAAUUGAAGAAUGGUGCAUUGAAUCGAGCAGAUUGAUUCCGGAAUCAGAUGAUGAAGCUUUUGUUGUAUCUUAUGAAAUUGUUUAUGAUGAUAGCGGUGAUGAUACUGCAAAUGAUGAUGAUGAUGAUGAUGAUUAG